UUCGUGAGGAAUCCUUCGUAUCCGUAGAGAUGAACGAGGAAUUAGAAGAUAUCUGUGGUCGGCAACUAUUUCCUGACAAGCGAGAAUAUCCUUGGGCGGUCUCCAUAAUGUUACCGAGUGGAUUGAAUCGUCUUGGGGGUUCUAUCAUUUCACCGUAUCAUAUUCUCACUGUCGCUCAUGGAUUUAUGAAAUUCCAGUCAGGACAAGAAAACCCUUGUAUAGCAGCUGUUUAUCGUACAGAGGAAGAAAUAGAAGACAGAGUGGUAGCCUACGGUGGUAAAUGCAUACGUGGAUAUAGUGAAGAUCUUCCAAACCAUCCGAACUGUUCCGAAUCUGAUAUGACGUAUAACAAGAUUCGGAGUGUUAUGAUCGAUGAAAGAUUUGUGCUGAAUGGAUGUCGCGAUGGACACGACUGGGCAAUCAUCGAACUGGAAGAAAGGAUCAAUUUCACUGAAGUGGCAGCAUUGCCCAUAUGUUUACCUCCGGAACGUCCUAUAAUAGACCACGUUCUUACUGUCGCAGGAUGGGGAAGGAGUUACGUGUUCAAUGAAAGUGGACCGAUGAUUCAUGAGAUUCCUAUGAUUGUUGAUCCAAAGUGCGACCGGCCAUGGAGUGACAAGCUACCUUUUCAAGCUGCUGAUUAUCUCUGUGCAACGUCGCUGAACAAAAAUGACUACUUUGCCCCACGUACAUGUCAUGGAGACAGUGGAUCGGGGAUGGAACAAAUUGAUGAACGUGGACGAAGUAUUUUAAUAGCAAUGACCUCAUUUGGAACUAUAGGAUGUCCAGCAAAUGAACUCGCAAGAUUCACUCGGAUAGAUCCAUAUCUUCGCUCAAUUUGUACAUAUACGGGUGUCUGUUAUUCUCAUUAA